AGGGGUGCAAAGCUUUCGUGUCUGUGUUGGCAGGUUGGAAGUUGUAUGUGUGCCUCACUUGUUACGCUUGAAUAUUUUUUUUGUUUCCCGAUUGUUAGUAUUCAGUAUAAGGAGGAUCUGAAUUUCAGCGUGCGUAUCGGCCUCCGUGUUGGCUGAGAAUUAUGAGGUAUUAUUGCAACUUGAAUUUGGUGUCCAGCAUUUCUGCCCUCGAUCGUUGGGUUUCUUUCGGGUAGAAACAACUCCGAAUCUUAGUCAAUAUCUGGUGCGGAGGAAUGUCCGAAUGAAUAAGACAUUGACAACUUGUCAUCGUCUUAGCAUCCCUGCAAGUGUGGAUCCGCAAGAGCUCAUCCCUGAGAACCUUCGCACCCUGCUCCACUGUCCCUGAUCACAAGCUUUGCAGGGAACGCAUUCAAGCGUGGGAUAUGUUUUAGACUUUCUUUCGAUGUUAAGCCACUAUGGGUUCAACGUCAAUGUGCAAUUCUGGCAAUAACAAGCAUCAAGGAUGCGGCAAUAAAUGGCGUCCUCCGACACGUGAAUAUAUAUUUGCAGAGCAAUCGAGCUCGCUUUGAUCCUGUAGAGCGAUUAGCUUGCUAUGGCGCCAGAUGCCAACCAGAACUUGGUGGUAGAGGUUAUAGGUGAGCUCAACAAAGUGCUGCAAGAAGCACGCGAUUCCCCCGCGGAGAAAGAGAGCUUCUGGCGGUUCAUUUCAUACCUUCAACAGCUUCGGUCUCAACUUGAUCAACUGAACGGCGGAAAGACUCCCGAGUUGCCUCUUCGUGUAAAGACCUCGCUAAGCGGCAUCAAGGCAGAGUUGGUCCGCUUCCAAGAUUCCCUGCAGGUAUGGAAAAACAAGAGCGGACUGUAUUUGCUCACACACUGCCGGGAAGUGGUAAGCGAAAUUCAGAAGACCACGCAUGGGAUUGGAAACUGUCUGGUGCGCUUCCCGGUGUCAAAAACAGCGUGCAUAACGCGUUAUGAAUCCCAAAUGAAAGACGUAAGCAAGAAGGUGGAGGAACUUGCCCGUGAAAUGCAACAAGCUCUGUUCACGGUUUCAGCAAGCGAGGAGCGCAUAUGUCACGCGCUCGAGAAAGAAGCUUCCCAAGUUGAGAGAAAAGAGGAUUCCGACUCGGGAUUCCAGAAUGCCAUUCUUCUUGACAUCGGUCGUGAAUUAGGUCUGGAUCUUGGCAGAAAUAGAGGUGCGUUGUUUGAGCAGCUUCAGCUGCUGCGAAAGGAGCUAGUUGACUGCCAAGACCAGGGACAAAUCCAAUUGCUGGAAACGCUUGAAUUAAUGUUCCAAUCAUGGAGUCGCGAGCCUGCUAUACCGCGUUGGCAUGCGCUAGCGGAAGCUGCAGAAGACGAGCCAGUGCCCCCACUUGAGACUUUCUUGUGCCCGUUAACUAAACAAGUAAUGAAGGAUCCAGUGUUUCUGCAAUCUGAGCAUACCUACGAACGCCGUGCUAUAGAGAAUUGGUUCAGUUCUUGUCAACAGCGAGGAUGCCAACCUACAUGCCCUGUCUCUGGACAGGUACUGUCGUCAACCGACUUGCAACCCAGCCUGCUCCUUCGACAGACCAUUCACGACUGGGAGCAGCGCAACGUUGGUGUUCGAAUCCGUCAAGCAAGGCUGCACUUGUGUUCAACUGCCUCGGACGAAUCAGCUGAGCAUGCUCUCCAGGAUAUAAUUCUAAUUGCUGAGGACAGCGAUGAAAAUCGCCGCAUGCUCUACGAGGCAGGAAUUAUUCCUGUGGUGCUUGGACUCUGGCAGCGUAACGCAAGAGGUCGACCUCACCUGCGAACUUUGGCCAUAUCUGCUCUUAGCAAAAUGGCGAUAGGCUCUCAAGAAAAUAAGGAUACCAUGGUAGAGAUGGGAGUGUUGAAGCUCGCGGUGCAAAGUCUGGGCAGCUGCGUUGACAAAGAAACGGAGACUGCAGUCGGUCUUCUACACGAAUUAUCAUUAAUCCCAUCUUUAAGGGCACGAAUCGGAGCGGAAAAGGGUGCCAUCGUCGCCUUGGUCCGAAUAACCUCAACUCACAGCAGCGAAAAUGUCGAGAAUAGCAACAUCGCCGAACAGAUCCUCCUCAACCUGGAAGACAUCGAUUUCAAUGUUUUGCAAAUGGCUCAGACGGGUCGCAUGAAACCUGUACUGACCCGCCUAAACCAAGGUUCUGAGGAGACGCAAGUGAACCUUGCGAAGCACUUGUCCAAAAUGAUACUCACAAACACGAACAAAGAAUAUGUGGCUGAAACUGGCGGUGAAACCCUGGUCCAAAUGCUGUCGAUCAGUCCCUCGGCCAGUGCGAGGGAAGCCACUCUCGGUGCUAUUUUCAACUUGUCCACAGUAGACGGCUCUGCAGAUGCACUAAUCAAAGCUGGCGUUAUCCCCCAGCUAGUGUCCACAAUAACUUCGUCUCAGGCACACACGAACUUGCAGGAGGUUGCACUGAGCAUUCUAGCAAACUUGGUCUUGGGGAAUGGGAACUGGGAGGACUGCAAAGUGGACGAAGAUGGCAAUUUCUUGCAUUCGGAGGAAAUCGUACACAAGCUCUUCGGCCUCCUGCAGAGUGGUAGCUCCCAGUGGAAGGAGAAAAUUCUGCUGACUUUGUGUCGCAUGGCUAGCUCUCCUCAAGUUGCAGAUGUUGCGGCAGCUAGAAUAUGCAGCUGCGGUGGCUUGACCACACUUAUGACGCUUAUGGAGGAUUCAGACACGAGUACUCGAUUGAAUGCUUUGCGAUUGCUCAGCGUGCUGAGUGCGCACGUUGGGGAUGACAUCGCCACCACUCUCCGGUCAACCCUCCAGCUUAAAUACCUGAAGGAGGUUCUUCAACAACAUGGGAAGGCGAUGUUGGAAGAGCGCGUUGCGGCUGCGACAAUUCUUGCCAAUGUCCCACUCACAGAAUUUGAGGUAAUUCGAGUGCUGGAGGUAGAAGUUCUUGAGUGGACAGUCGCGGCCCUUCAAGAAUCCAAGACAGUGCGGCUGGGAAGACAAUCCGGUCGAAUAGAUCCCCCAAUGCAGGAGGCACUGAUGGGCAUCUUACUUCACUUCGCCAGGAACUCCAACGUCAAAAUCCUCAACACCAUGCGGCAGCUUCACCUACUCACAAUCUUCAAAGAGAAGGUAAUGGAGCACAGCUGGACCCCCUUGAUCAAAGAACGGGCAGCCCUGGGCCUCCAGCAUCUCUCACAACGAGCACAUCUCUUCACUCUCCGAGGAAGCCCACCUCAAGCCUCCCGCCGACGGCCCUCAUUUGGGCUGUGCAUGUUCCCGUCCAAAACCAUCCGAGACCUGCCAGAGAAGUGCGACGUUCAUGGGGGGCUGUGCGACCCCAACAGAGCGUUCUGUCUCGUCGCCGCGCGCGCCGUCGCCCCUCUGAUCGAACUCCUCGAGGAUGAAGACAAUGCGAUCCGAGAAGCGGCGUUGGGCGCACUCUCCACCCUCCUCAUGGAUGGCGUCGACGCGAAAGCGGGCGUGGAGGAGCUCAUUCGAGCCGAGGGGGUCCAACCCAUCCUCAACCUGUUCUACAGCGUCCGGGAAGGCCGCCUCCAGGAGAGAACCGUGUGGAUGAUCGAGCGCAUCUUGCGAGUGGAGCAGUACGCGCAAGGCUACGCGACCGAUCAGGGUCUCCUCAAGGUCCUCAUGGACGCGAUGAUUCACGGCCACCCCAACACGAGCCUCAUCGCGCAGCAGGCCCUCGCCUCGCUCCAGCAGAUCCCUCCCGGAGAAAGCUCCUCUCCUCCUCGAAAAUCCCACCUGGGGCCCCGUAACUCGAUGUGAAAAAUCUCAUCGCGACACACCCUUUCACUCACUCACUCACUCACUCUCCGUAGCCUUGCCCCCCCUGAUCCAAUCGAUCACGGCGUACAUUUCGAACAUGAUGUCUACCGGCCCCCAAGCCCAAUUCGAGUUUAAUUUUAUUUAUUUAUUUAUUUUUCUUUUCAAAACUCGGCGAGGGGCCUCGUCAUAUCCGUCAAUGUGACGUCAAAUUUUUGUCGUCGCGUCCAUGAGGACCUCGAGGAGACCCUAAACUCUAAACCCGGGAUGUUUUUGUCCGUAGUGGGUCACUGAGCAGAACAGCAGCGGCGUUGACUCCUACGAAGUCAGCUCCGAUGUCAUCAACUGCCGUGUUAGAUGGCCUGCUUGUUUCUGGAUGAUGUGCAAAAGAACACUGUGUAUGCAUGUGAGUCUUAAGGUUUGAAAACAGGGCUUUAGAUAGAAACAAAAAAAAAAAAAAAACAAUAGUGAUCACCUCCUAGAUGCAGUUGUUUCUUCUUCUGGUUUAUUCUUUCCACUUUUUUUCAAUACAGAAACAUCUCAUCUAUUGAUUUAUUUAUUUAUUUA